ACCCUGCAUUGCAGGUCGUCCAGACUCUCCUACAUCUGUACCCAUGGAGGAGGAUCGCCCUGUCCUGAAUGAGACAACACCUGUCCUGAAUGAGACAACACCUGUCCUGAAUGAGACGACUCUGUUGGUCAAUGAGGAGGAGGGCUUCGCUCUGGAGCCUGUCGCUGUGACUCAAACUCGAACAUUGGAGUUAAAGUUUGUCCUUAGCGACCUUAGAGAGGAAGAAGGGGAAGAGGAGAAGGAGACUGGUGGUGGACCAGGCCAAGGAGCUGUCCAACCAGGCCAUCAGGGAGCAGCUCACUGACUACUCAGAUCUCACCGCCCCACUGGACAUAGCUCCACCAACUCAUGCAAUGGAAAGAGAGUGGAGGGGUGGACAUUCUCUUCAGUCACCUCUGUGCCCAUGUCAUUCAUCCACACCUUCAACAGCUCUAGUCCAGUGAUGUGUUUCGGGGGAAAACCGAUCGAGUGGGCAAUGAAGAUGACCGUGAAGAGAUGAGACAGGAGAGACAUGAGGUGGAAAGCGACGUGAGCGACCUGCCCAGUGAGUUCAGUGUCCUGCAUGAGACUAUGGAUCCUGAGAGAAUGGGACACAAUGUGGAGCUCACUCCUCUGCACCACAAUGGGACUGACAACCCACCUGAGGAUGUCUGGGACACAGUACAUGAUGAGAGUAGAUUUGAGGUUUCUCACCCUGAGCUUCCUUCGGAGGAUUCCAUGCAUGUUCAUCCUGCUGGAAUGGACAGGGAAACUCCAUCGAAUGUGACAUGGCACACACAGUCUGGUGGACAGCCAGGAUGACUUUGAGGAGAGGAGGAUGACCAGCCGAGCUCAGAAACUACUAAACGCUCUCAAAAUUCAGAGCAGCAGAAGCAACGCCAUGUUCAGCCUGCAGAUGCUGUGUGAGAGGAACAGUCGCUCCCAGGCCUCGGCUACCUUCUUUUGCCUCCUGGUGCUGAAGAAACAGCAGGCCCUGGACCUGCACCAGAGCGAGCCUUAUGUUGACAUUAUAGCCACACCUGGACUCAGGUUCUAAGAGUCCAACUGUAAGCCAUCUUCCUAGACUUCAUCUUGGAGCCAGCAGCAGAGAGAUAGUGGUGGUCCACACCCAUGUCACUCCCUCCCAGUCGGAAGCCCUCUGCAGGUCAGCGCAGGCGGUCAGUGGCUACGAGCAGUGGGCGCCAUUCCCAUAGCAAUGCCUCCAAUACCAACACUUACCCCACCAACACUUAUCCUGGCAGGGCUAGUGAGGGCAGUCCUACAGCCCGGACAUACCCUGGCACACCCAGGUGUCAGACGAAGCACACCACCUGCAGUGAUAACCAUGGGAUCCGUCCCCCCACACCAGAGCAGUACCUCACACCCCUGCAGCAGAAGGAGGUGUGUAUCAGACACCUGCGAGCCAGGCUAAGGGAGAAUGUUGAGAUACUGCAGCACAGGGACAGUGAGAUAACUGAGAUGAGGACCCAGCUGUGUCGGAUGCAAGAGGACUGGAUAGAGGAGGAGUGUCAUCGUGUGGAGGCCCAGCUUGCUCUAAAGGAGGCGCGCAGGGAGAUCCAGCACCUACAUGAGGUUGUGGAGACAGUACGAUCAAAUCUCGGCACCCCAGAAAAAUCCCCCCACAACCAAAAGCCAUACCUUUCACCACAGGGACCCAGACCAGUCAAGUCCCGCUCAUGUGGUUGCUCCCCAGCCAGCACCCUGAACCGCAGCACCACCUACACCCGGCUGAGCAGUGAGGGCCUGCAUCUGGACUGCAACGGAAAUGUCCCAGGGCCUGACCUGCGUGCAGCGGCACGGGCAGAAGGGGGACGGACCCACCUGCUCCUGGAAGCAGCCCUUCUGUCAGAACAAAACCCAGUCGGCUCCGCCCGUGGCCCCUUCUUCUCUACCAUGCCACACUCCUCCACCUACGAGAGACUGUACAGCGGGGGGGCUGUCCUGCCCGUCUCCCACUCCUGCCAUUCCCUAGGUAACAGCUGCAGGUGCAGCGGACACACCUGCCUCCCGCAUCACCACCUCUUCCUGCACCUCCCUCAGGAGGAGCCCCCGGCUGCAAUGGCAGCGGCUGCUGCUGCCCCCGUGACAGAUGUGAAACCAGAGGUCCGAUCCCAGGCCUGCAGCCCCACCAUGACCUGGGUCUCAGAGGAAGGAGGGGGAGAAGAGCUAAGCAUCAUCUCCCUGGCAACAACCGACAUCACCCCAGCCUACUCUGAACAACAACCGUUUCCUCCCUUCUUGUCUUCCUCCCCUCCUCCCCAGCUCUCCUACAACCUAGAACCGCUGCCUCCAGAUGGCCCAGUGGAGAUGACAGUAAUGCCAACAGUGACCCAAACCUGCCAGCCCAAGCCUGUGUCAUUGUAUUCACUAGAGAGGCAAGGGAGCGUGACAGUGGUGGAGAAGGAGGAGGCUGUUAAAGUUGAAGGUGAAAUUGUUGUGGAAGGGGAAGAGGGGGAGGAGGGGGCUCCCCAGCGGAACUUCUGGAGCCGAUACUUCCUGGUGGACCUGUUGGCGGUGGCCAUGCCGGUAGUGCCGACAGUGGCCUGGCUGUGCCAUGGGGCCCCCCGGGAGGUCAUGCCUGUCUACCACAUUGGCUCUCUGCUACGGGGUUGCUGCGCUGUGGCCCUUCACUCUCUGCGACGCAGGGGAUGUGGUCGGGGUCAUGAACCCACAAGCAUGAAUGGGGCGACCGAUAUCUGACAACUUUACUCUUUAGCCCCCUGACUCCCCUCACAGUAACCAUGCAACCCCAACCUCUUACGAGCCACAGCCACGAAGGCAAUUAUACCGACUUUGAUUUGGACUUAAACUCCUAUUGCUUUUUAUUCUCCACCCACCACGUCUGAUUUGAGGAUGAACUUGAGAUUUACAUUAUCCGAUUGUAUUGCAGUUGACCUUUGUGAAUUUUGUUUAUUGGUUACAGCAGACAGGAAUUAGGCUAAUUGUAUAGUUCAAGCCUGUUUCUGUUAGAUUUGUAAUCAUGCCUUGCUAUCAAAGAAAAUCUAAUGCAAUAGUGAUUUGAUGGGGAAUGCAUGAGCCUGCUUAAAUUGACUUGACACCGGUCUACAGUGUCUCCCGUAACUGUACAUUGCAUGUAACCCUGAGAAAUGUUCAGCCUUUUGCCAUUACCUCACUUUAAAUAGACUUGCUACAUUUGAACCUUGAAGACUUUGAUGUAUGCUCCAUUAAUCUUCUAGUGUUGUCUUUGAAAUUGGGGUGAAUAUGGUUCAUCUUGUUAAACAUCAGCAACAUUUUAUUUUAGUUUCUGGAGCUAAGUGAAUGAGGGAUCUGAGUAGGAGUUCUAGUUGAAUGUCUUUGAAUUAUAUUUUUUUCUCAAGAAAAUAGAGGAUAGAAAAAUACACGUUUGCACAACUACUGAGAGAUGGAGAAUCUAUUACAUUUCAGGGAUCCAAAGUUUUUCUGGUUUCAUUACUUUUUAUUUAUAGUCCAAGGAUAAGAUAAACAUUCUGAAUAAGACUAGCACUGUCACUAUCCAUGCAAAUGCUGAAUGCCAGUCAUAAAAAAUGCUAGCUAGGUAUUUGUUAAGGCACAUAUACCAUUUACUAAAUUUCGCAAUUUACGAUAUUAAGAAUAUGAUCAAUAGUUAGCCUAGAUAUUUGUUUCAAACAUUGCACUUUUUUCCCCACCUUUGGGACUAUACUGUACUACUUUAAGUUUGUAGUGGCUUUGCAUGUCAAACAUUAACCAUGCCAGUCUUCUUUUGAGCCACAUUGUGCCGCUAAAGCUACAUUACCGACAAUUAUUCAAAUUCAGUAGUCAAUAUCAAUGAGAAAAAGCAAUGAUGGGAUGUCUUUACUUGGGUUGAUAAAUUGCACAAAAAGCUAUAGAAUGCAAAGUGUAAAUAGCUCUGGAUGUAUUUCCUCUUCCCUUUGAAAAUAAACUGAAAGUUGCCUUUG